CACCUUUUCCCUAUGCAAAAUUAAAAUCUUCAGAAUUGGGAGAAAGUGAAAAACCCUUCUAAACCCUUGUGAAUGGCAGCGACGGCAAUGUCGGUAUCGGAACGCCCAGUAAUCCACCGUCUCCCACAGCACAAGUACAUCGACGCCGUUAGGUGGCUUCCGCCGCUAUCAACGUUCGACCGGUUCGCGGUGCUCGCCGCAUUCGACACCGAUUCCGGUUCCUCUUCCAUCGAAAUCCACUCCUUAAACCCUAACCCACUGUCCCUCCAACCUCACUCUUCGUUUUCCUCAUCUUCCCGCGUCUCCUCCCUAAGGGCCUCCCAGUUCCUCCAGAAAACCGUCGUCGCCGCCUCCACCGCCGCCGGAUCACUCCACAUUCUGUUUUCAGAUUCUGCGGAUGCAACGUUUGAAUCGGAGGUGUCGAUGCCCGAGGAGGAGGGGCUUCACUCGGUGCCGGGCUCGUGCGUUGACCUCAUGGACGGUGGGGUAGAGUGCGUGACCGUUGGGGAAGAUGGGAGGGUCAACUUAGUUAGUAUUGGGAAUUCGAAUUUGAGCUGUGAUAGGUUGUUCGAUAGUGGUGGGUUGGUUUCGUACACGGCAGCGAAGUGGGCGUCGCCGAUGGAGUUCGCCACAGGUGGUUAUGGGUUCAGUCUUCAGUGGUGGGACAAGAGGAAGCCCGGUGGGCCGGUUUCUCAGUUUAAGGCUAACUGGGAUCAGAAAUUCACUGCUGGAAUAGUGCACUCUAUCGAUAUUCAUCCAUCCAGAAAGCACACUUGCCUGGCUGGAGGGUCCUUAGGUACUGUUUUUGCCUGGGAUCUUAGGUGGCAACAACAACCCAUUAUACUCUCUGAAGCUGGAGUCCAGUCAAUAUCUGAAAGCGAGGUCUGGGAGGUUCAAUAUGAUCGAUGCAUAAAAUCAAGCACGACAUCUACUCGGAUCUUACCUGCCGUGAUCUGUUCAGAGGAUGGAAUUCUCGCCAUAAUUGAGCAAGGUGAGGAACCUAUUGAGCUGCUAGCAGAACCUUGUGCCAUCAACGGCUUUGAUAUUGAUCGACAUAACCCAUCUGAUGUGAUAUGUAGUUUGGAGUGGGAAGCAGUAGCCAUAUUGACCAGAAGAUAACGUAGAAGAGUUAUGCACAUUGGUAGCUUGAAUUCUUGGACGGGAAGCUUUGUGUAGUUUUUGGAAGAAGAGAAUCUUUUUAACGGACUAGAUAUGAUGCUUCUUAUGUUAUAUAUGCAGCAACGUUAUGUUCUUUUUGUUAAGCCAUUUGUAUGCAAAGGAACGGGGUUUUCGAUUAUACAAUUGGCAGCAUAUUAUAAUUUAUAUC